AUGUCCACGUGGAGAGCCGUACGAACCAAAACAGGCUGUGUGACAUGUCGGAAGCGUCACAAGAAAUGUGACGAGCAGAGACCGUCCUGCAACAACUGUUCGAGGGCAGCCUUGAUCUGUGGCGGCUAUCAUCAGAUAAGCGUAUGGCAGCCCGGCUACCUGCGCUCCCACAAGAAGCAGCGGCCCGUCGCCACACUGCCCGUGACUGCCGAACCCCAAACAACGCACCAUGUCGACUUGGCCUCUCGAAGCCCAUCUAGCUACAGUCUGAGCGACGACGAGUCCCACGCAAGGACGCUUGAAUGGUGCGCAUCGCAAUCCAGCGUGCCGAGCGAUUCUGCCAACCGUCCUACUCCCCGGGGGCGAUGUAGAACGGGCACUGUAAGCUGGGAGAAAUCUCUCGACGAUCAAGCUCACCGAGUAGAGUCGACCGAUCUACAGUUCCCACAACCAAGAGCUGCGUCUGCUCUAUACAAGGCAAUACCCUGUUUGGCCGAUGGUGUCAAAGACGAGCUGGAACAAGCGCUACUCUUGCACUAUCUUCGAUCGGUGCCCGAGUCGUUCUCCUCGGCCUUGUCCGCGGUCCCUUUUCGAUCUUUGCUGGCGCCAUUUGCUCUGCGCGACAGAGGCCUGUUGUGCACCCUCUUGAGUAUUUCGGCGCAACAUUUACUCAAGCUUCACACCAUAUCGUCUCAGGCGCCUGCCGUCGCCGUCGAGAGCAAGUAUUGGGCACUCAAAGGGGAAUCUCUCCAGUGCCACUCGGAGAGGGUCAAGAAGGUUUGCGCAGACAUCUCAGCAGCAUCUCCAUCAGCCUCAACCCUAUUGCCAACAUUUGUGAGCACGCUGCUUUUGGUGCAGCUGGACAGUCUCGGACAAGGCAAAAGACAGCAUUGGCGUUUACACCUCCUCGCGGCUGCCGAGAUCGGACGUCGACUGUGCCAGUGUGAAGACGAACCGGCCCAAAGACAGGAUGCAGUACUCGCCGACUUGGAAAUGCACCGCUUUGCUCUGGAACUCUAUCGCUACUACGACGUCCUGGCUUCCAUCACCCUCAAUGAGAACGUCUGUCCGCUUACCUCGGGCACGUUCAGUCCCUCGAGACAGAACCUACGUCAGGGUCUCCUCUCGCAAGCAAAUGCCGAUCUCAUCGUUCUCUUGAGCCGGAUUAUUGCACUCCAUCAACGUACAAAACACUUGUUUGUAACAAACGGCAACGAGGAGUCGCUCGCCUGUCUCAGUCCCAUCGACUUUGCAGAAAGCCUGGAGUUGUCCGGCAUUAUCCAGAGUUGGGAGGCCUGUAAUCCUUCGCGCGUAGAACGCCUGCUUGUGGACGCCUAUCGCCAAGCUUGUUUCAUUUGUCUCUACCUCACGGUGAACCCUUCCAAAGGUGAAGAUGUCAAAGUCCAAAAGACACGAGAUGAUGGUCUCGAGUGUCUGGAGGCCAUACUGCGUCACGACGAGGAUCUGGAAUGUUCACUGUUUGCUCCUUUCAUGCUUGGUAUUGUAUCGCCACUCCCGUCACAGCAAGAAUUCGUGCGAAGGUUUCUCAAAUCUAAACUCUUUCAUGGGGCCGACAAUGCCCAGGAAACCUUGCGCUUUCUCCAAACUUGGUGGCGCGAAGAAAUGUAUCGCAAACAAAAUUUCAUGUGGGCCUGGGAAGCGAAACUGAAUUCGGAGCAAUGGUGCUUGGUGCUGUUUUGA